GAUUGAGGGACAGGCAUGGAGAUGGGAAUGGAAGGUGGUUAGGUGGAGGAGAUUACGGCGCCUUCAUGGAGAAAUUCGAGCUGCUGCCUCAAUACCAGCAGCAGUUCCCUCUGCACGGCCUCACCUUCGCUGUCAAGGACAUCUUCGACAUCAGCGGCCGUGUCACCGGGUUCGGCAACCCGGACUGGGCGACGACGCAUGCCCCCGCCGCGGCCACCUCCCCGGUCGUCUUGGCCACACUGGCCGCCGGCGCCACCCGCAUCGGCAAGACCGUCAUGGAUGAGAUGGCCUACAGCAUAAAUGGGGAGAACGCGCAUUACGGCACGCCGACUAAUCCGUGCGCCCCCGAUAGAGUUCCCGGAGGAUCCUCUAGUGGAUCGGCCGUCGCGGUUGCCGCAAAUCUUGUCAACUUCGCUCUGGACUCAGCAGGAAAUUAAUGUGCCUACCUUCCCCCUUGGGGGAAGUGUUAGGGUACCUGCUGCCUAUUGUGGCAUAUUUGGGCUCCGGCCUUCCCAUGGACUGGUUUCGACUAGAAAUGCCAUUACAAUGGCGCAAAUGCUUGAUACUGUUGGUAGACAUAUAGGAGGAGGUAGGCCAUGUCGUUGCCAUAGCGCAAGACGAAGAGAGAGGUGUUGGAGUUGGAGCAGUUGAUGACAAAGCCCAUGGACUUGAUGAAGGUGGUGAAGCACAUGUACCACGCACACGGUGCUAGUUUAAGCUCGUACGGAGAUCGGGAUAGCAGGCACAUGGCAUCCGGGCAUGAAGGAUCUGUAAAUCCGGCUGGCUGUGUACAAUAUACAUGUUUGAUAAGUUGUUCGUGGAGGAAAGCAUUGGAAACAUCAAGUUGAAA